AUGGGAGCAAAGCUGCGCCGCUUGUGCACACGGAAGUCGGCCUCACGGAAGCUUGAGGUGCCGGAUGACAUCCAUCGCCGUUGGCAGUCCAGGGGGCAGGAGAGGCAGGAACUUUUGGACAUCUACAUCAACUGCGGUGGUGACAAGUCCAAAUUCAUCAAGACCGUGACGCACAAGUUCAAGAAAUCUCGGAAGGGCACCAUCAAGGUGAACUCUGGGUUCUAUAGCGAGGAGCAAAUGAAGCAAAAGCUGAGCUAUGGCCCGUUGGCAUCUUAG